AUGGCGGAAGGAGAACAUCAAAUUGGCAUUAAAAAUGCGGUAGAAAUUUGCUUAAAAAAAUCAGGUUAUGGUGGUCAGACCAAACUAGUGUUCCACAAGAAGGCCAAGACCACCAAGAAGAUUGUCUUUGAGGUCGCAAUGCCGGGUUGCAAGCAUGUAUCCCAUCCAAUCAAGAGGUGCAAGCAUUUUGAAAUUGGUGGCGACAAGAAGGGGAAGGGAACAUCUCUUUUCUAAAUGGUGUUUAUUCAUUUCAUGUCAUGUCAUGUUGUUGGGAACUUUUUAAGAUAGUAUGAAAUUCUAGUUUUUCUAAUGUAUUGUUUUCUGAGGGAUAUGGUGUUCUUUAAGCACUUAAUAGGUAAUGGCAUCGUUUGAUCUAUUGUCGCCAUUUGUUUUAAAUACUGUAUUUUAAUUUAAUUGUUUUUGGUAACUUCAGUAAUCUCUGCUAUACUUUUCAUGAACGAGGAAUUCAAUUCAGCA